CAUACUGAAUUUGAGAUGGUUUGGCAUAUUUGAAAUGCCUCUAUGCUUGAACAGCCAAUGAGAUCCCUCUGGAUUAUUUAUAGAACAACUAACGGAUUUUAAGGUAUGGGUUCAGUUUGCAGAGAUUAGACAGAAUUGUCUCUUCAAAGAACCAACUUCUAAUCGGCAGCUUGUAUUAUUUUCACUGACCAAAGAAAACUUGGAACAUUCUUCCUUUUGAGAUGAAAAUGGCAGAGAAACAGAUUAGUUUGCCUGCUAAACUCAUCAAUGGAGGAGCUGCUGGGAUCAUAGGUGUUACUUGUGUAUUUCCAAUUGACUUGGUUAAAACUAGGCUACAGAAUCAAAGAAGUGGACAGCAAGCCUACAAAAGCAUGUUGGAUUGUCUAAUGAAAACUUUACGUUCAGAAGGCUAUUUUGGCAUGUAUAGAGGUGCAGCAGUGAACCUGACCCUUGUAACACCUGAGAAGGCUAUCAAACUGGCUGCUAAUGACUAUUUUAGACACCUUCUUGCCAAGGAAGGGGUAGGGCUGUCUUUAUCUAAAGAGAUGCUAGCAGGCUGUGGUGCUGGAGUUUGUCAGGUCAUUAUCACCACUCCUAUGGAGAUGCUAAAAAUCCAGCUUCAGGAUGCAGGAAGACUAGCAUCUCAGCAAAUUGCGAGCCGAGUUUCUUGUUCCACUUCUGGAUGCAAUCUUGUAACCGUCAACCCUAUCCUGACUAGAGCAUACAAUGUAGGACCUGUGGUUAUCCCAAGGAAGAUAUCUGCCACCCAACUAGCAACUGAGCUUCUACAAACCCAUGGCAUCAAAGGACUCUAUAAGGGUCUUGGAGCCACUUUAUUGAGGGAUGUUCCAUUCUCUGUCAUCUAUUUCCCACUGUUUGCCCAUUUGAAUAGAGUAGGGCAAGAUUCCUUGGAAGGGAGAACAAGCUUCUUUCAUUCUUUUCUUGCUGGGUGCAUAGCUGGCUCAGUGGCAGCUGUAUCUGUGAACCCCUGUGAUGUAAUAAAGACUCGUCUUCAGUCAAUGGGCAAAGGAAGAAAUGAGGAGAAUUACAGUGGAAUUAUAGAUUGUGCAAGGAAGAUUUGGAUGAAAGAAGGUCCUUCAGCCUUUUUAAAGGGUGCUAAUUGCAGAGCUCUUGUCAUUGCACCUCUCUUUGGUAUAGCUCAAGUAGUUUAUUUCAUUGGGCUUGGAGAAUUUCUCAUAAAUCUAUGCCCAUAGAAAACUGUCCCCAUAGACUUUCAUUCAUUGAAUCUCCUGGAAUAUAAUCACAAGAACCCAACUAUCAAGAAACAUUAGCAGUUCAGUCUAUUGACAACUGGUUUUUUUCUGUUAUUAAGCAUGAAAAAGACAAAGCCGCUAUAAAGACACCAGUCAUAAAACACCAUCCAAAAUAGGGGCAUGUCUGAGUUUAAGAAACAAGAAUUCCAAGAGUGGAAUGAGAAUAACUACUUUGGAUAAAUGGAAGGCUGAAGGAGUAUCUAGGGAAAUGUUUUGUAUAUAUGAAUAGAACAGGAAAAGAAAGAACUAUCUGUGGGGCCAAAUCUUGAAAAGUGAAUUAGGCAUUUAGUUUUUCUUAGGGUUCCAUAGAUGAUGUUAAUCUAACCCACUUGCUGUCUUUCCAGCUGUAUGUCUGCUAGUGUCUCACUCACUUAAUUGGGAACAAAGGUGCAUGAAUUUUUAUAGAUUGUGUUUUUAACUUUACCUACACUAAAGAAUUUGAUUCCUGUGGUAACUUAAUACAAAAUAACUUAAUCCAAAUACUACCAGCAAAAUAGACUAGUUCCUUAAAUUUAUUAUUUAAAAAGUUAUAAGCCAUUAAUAAAAAAUGGAAAAUGUGCCAUUUAGAAUCAAAUACAGUAUAAUUUAAGACUUCAGGGAAGAAAUGGUGAGCCAAAGGUAGCUCCACUAAGAGCAAAACCAAUCACUGUUGUGGAAUGAAGGGCCAGUGAGCAGACCAGCUCUUCAUAAUUCCUUUUCGGACAAGGAGGACAGUUGUUCCUUUUGAGGAGACAGCAAAAGCAUUAUCUGGAGUGUUUUCAGGUCAGAGAGUCAAGGGAACACCAUCUUAGCCCAAACUGCAGUAGACUCUUUUAUGAACACAGGGCUUGCAUAAUUUGUUUUUUAAUCACUUUUGGAAAUUUCUUGUUACAGUACCUGCUUUUCAGCUAUUAGAAACCUUUGGAACAAUACGUUUAUAGCACCAGGUGAAUUUUCUUCAAUCCUUAGUGAAAGAAGUUUUACAUACAAGUUAUUUAAAAAUUCUUUUUUUGGGGGGAGUAAUCAGCGAAAAGGAGAUUAGAACGUUGUUUUUUGAAAGUUAACAAACAUACUAAGGAUCCAGAUGGAUUUCAAAUAAAAUUUUGAAAUAAGAAUCCUUCUCAUGGGAAAACGUUGCUAUCUUGAAUUCUUUUUUAAAAAGUGAUAGGAUUUUUAAGUUUUUAUACUAGAGGGAACCAGAAGGAACUAAAGAUUACAAUUAAAGAUUCUCAUUGGCAUCCUUCAAGGGUCAAGAGACUAUGGUAUCGUGCUCUGGAAAGAGGUCCUAAAUCAGCAUCUAGUGUGACUAAAAAGGCCAAUUCGAGAGUGGUAAUCCCUUCCACACUGAGGGCAGAUACAUUCUGUCCCCUGCCCAGCCCCCAGAUUGCGCUGGUUCUGGGACUGCCUCUUUGCCUCAGCCUGCCGAACAAGUGUCUCUUCGAAAAUUAAAGAUUAAUACUUACAUUUUACUUACUAAUACAGAAUGGAGCAAAAUACUUUCACAUUGGUCAUGUUAAAGGAUAUUUGUGAAUAAUAUACCCAGAAGUUUAAGUUUAGGGGUGCUUGUAUUAUAGAUAGACUGUGUUUAAAAGAUGUAAGACGAACAGGUUUUACUCGAAAAAACUAAGACUGAUUUGAAAACGGAUUUAAAAAUGACAGGCUACAAGAAUGAUAUGAAAAAAGAUGCUACCCUAGAUAUACAAAUGAAACCAGCUGUUGUCUUUACAAUUAAAGUAGAUAUACAAAUAAGAAACCAAAAUAAUGAUGUCGAUAACUUUCCUAUCCUAUUGGAUUUACAAAAGAGGAUUGUUAUAGUUUGAAGACUUUUUGUGAGAUGGGCAAGAAAAAAUGAACUCAAGUUCUAGAACACUCUGAAUGGAUUAAAGAGCAAGUUUGUUGAAAGUAAAAGGAAGGAAUAUAGAGCUGAUUUAUUUCAUCAAGUUUAAAAACAGAUAUGUUAUCUUGGGUAACCCUUAAUGGACUUAUUGAUCAGGAUGGAAAGAUGAAGUUUUAAGAAUUUGUAUAUAGAUAAGAGAUGAGAUACUGGAAGAAGAGAUCACUUAUUUCAUUUUAAGAGAAGGUAAUAAGUUACAAAAAAUGCUUAUAUUUGUGAUGAAGGAGGAAAUCGUUUCUUUUGUUUCUUUUCUAUUUUUCUAUUCAUUUUCUUUUUUUAAUUUGUAUUAGUGUUUAUCUUUUUAAUUAUAAUAUUUAAUAAAAUUACUAUAAAAAAAGAACAAAGUGUAACUUAAUUGGAAGCUGAAAAUGUUUCCUGUCUAUUUAUAUUGUUGAUUGUACAAUAAACUGCUAAGCAUUUUUUUCUUAACAGGCUUUACAUUCUAGAUGUUAUAGAUCAUUAUUAUAUUUGUACAUUAUCACUGAGCUUGUCUGAGAAAGCGGAAGACUAUGGGGGUGUCAUUCUUUCUAAAGAACUAUAUGUAGAUUUCAGGACAUUAUGUGCCUUGCAUCAAGGAUAAUACAAACACUGUUAUGUCCCUGCAUUUAAUCUACUACAAUAAAAAUGUUCA